UCUACGAUGGCCUGGAUGAUGGUUUUAGCAGCAAUGCAGAGAAGUUGCCUCCAAGUGCUUCUGAGCUGAAAGACUCGAUGGAUCUCUAUGAAGAAAUUGUCACAGAGGAACAGCAGAGCAGGGAGACGUCGUACACUGAGUUGAAGUCCAGAUUCCAAGCAGCUCAAAACCAAAUCAAAGAGCUGCGCAGGAGACUGGAGCAGGUGGAGAUGCAGAACACAGGGUUAAACACUGAGAACUGCCGUCUCAAGAAGAACAUCUCUGCACUUCUACGAACAGCCAGACAGGAAGUGACAAGAAAAGAUGCUGAGAUUCAGAGGUUGAAUCAAUGGUCAGAGAAAGGUCGCCAUCAUCAUCAGUCUCACAAUAAUCUGCGGGACCAGACCUCCUCCAGUUGGACCUCAACAGGCACCUCCAGCAGCAGGCCACCUCCUCCACCGCCCUCCAGUCUUCCACCUCCUCCUCCUCCUCCUCUUCCUCCCCCAUCCAGUGCUCCGCCUCCUCCACGUCCACUGACUUCAUCUCCCAGGGAGAUCCAGCCUUCAAGGGGUCCUCCUCAUCCUUCAAGGACAGAAAGUAACAGUUCGACCAAUCACCCCGCUGGCUCCUGCAUUGAGACAAAAGCCUCUAAAGCAUCUUCUCACAGUCAUUCAAAAAGCUCUUCAAGAGCAAACUGUGACAAACAGACUGAGCACUCUCUCAGUAAAUUCAGCAGCAACUCAUCGACCCAGCAGAGCGAUUCAGACAAACACAAGUCCAAGCACAGAGAGGAAAAAUAUCAAAGUCAUAAGCUGUCUGAUUCAAUAGAUAGGCGACCUAGAAAUGGUUCAUAUCCCAACAAGGACUUUCAUGCCGCUGAGAAAAGCGGGUCUCAUAAAGUGGACAAAGACGCAGGACGAAAGCAUGACUCCAGGUCCGGUAAAAGCAGGAACUACCUAAAUGAUGAGGGGCACCGUAGAUCAGACAGGACUAAAAGCCCUCCACCAAACUCCUCACACAGUGCAGCUUCCUCUGAUGACACGAAAGGGAGAAGUCGACAAGACAAAGCUAAACUGGCCACACCAGAGUCUGUACAGAGUGACUCUCGCAGCUCUAAAGAAGUCCACAGCCGGGAUCAUAAAAGAAUCAGGACGAGUGACAGGCAUAGCAGAAGUUCAGACUCAAAGGACCGGAAAAAGUCCUCUUCAAAUCAACAUGCCGAGCGCCACGCUGAUUCCUCCAAAGAGAGGGAAGGAGAGCGACUUUCAAAGGAUCAUCAAAGGAAGGAAGAGAGACGGGAAGACGAAAUCAGCCGAAAACACAACAGGAGCACAAGCAGAGAACGCGAGAAGCGGAGAUUAAAAGAAUCGGACCAAGGCAAAGUGGAUGUCCGCAGUAAGGAAAGACAGGAAAAGACACACGAGGCCUUAAAAAGAUCAUCUAAAGAACCACAUAUCACUGUGAAAAGCUCUGUGGAGGAAAAUAGUCCAAACAGGAAACUCUGUUUCAUGGAAACAUUGAAUCUAACCCUUUCACCAAUUAAGAAGCCGACGUUACCCUUCGAUGCCACCCAGGACGACCUCACUCCAGCGGACGAGGCAGUAGAAAACAGACCGGAGAAUGAGAGUCUGCAAUCUUUGUGUGUCGAAGACAUGUGUGUCGUUGACGAAGUAGACAGCAGUGAACUGGAAGCAGGGUUCAAAGAUGUUGCAGAGCAGUCUUCAGAUAUCCCCAAAGAUUCAGGCUGUGAAAGGACACACAAGAGGUGUGAUGAUGCAAAAGACGUCCAGGAAGAGGACAAGAAUGACCUUAGUGAAGCUGCAGCUGGCGAACAGCUCGAAGACAGCACAGUCCAAACUACCUCAGCACAAAUCCAGCCAAUUCAGACAACUGUGCAUCUCGCACCAAAAUCACCAGAGAGUGUUUCUCUAAAAGCAGCAGAAGAGGACAUUUCAACCAAUCUUGCCUCAGACAGGGAGGUAGGUAAAUCUGUUCCACAGGAAGCGACAGACGGCGUCACUGACGUUUCCAAACAACACACGAGCAAGUCUUUACCAAAGGUGAACCCGGGAAAUAAUACCGAGCAAACUGUUAUCCCCGACCCCGUUGUGCUUGAGUCAAAGGUGGAGCCUCUGAAAACCUCAGUACAGAAAAGCUUCCCCGUGGAUUCAGUUAAAGGAGGUGCAACUGCUUCGCCCUCGAAGGAAAAUCCAGUAGCUGACGAUGUUCCCAAAAGUUCUCCCAGUACUUUACCACAGGACUGUCAGAAAGGUCUGCAUCCUCCUGCUUCAGUCAGCCCCCUUCAUAAGAAAGAUGCUUGCCAGAAGCAAGGUAGUCCUAAAGAUACGGAUGCUGUAUCCAGCACAAUAAGCCUGGAAUCACUUCCUCAGGAAGGGCUGAGUUUACCCGAGGCUAUUUACGUUUUAACGCAGACAAACGAAGAGGCCAGCGACAGCAGUAGCAUCACAGCUGAGCCGAGCUCCUCCAGCGGCUGCAUCGGUGUGUCCAAAGUCAGCAGCACGACAGAGGAGACGCCGCCGCCGGAAAAGUACAGUGACCUCACGUUCACGCCAAAAAAGAGCUUCAGUCCUGGGAAGAGUCACGAGAAUAACGCGGAGCCUUCCAGUUCGGUGCCGUUACUUCACGACGAGGACUCCAUGAUGCGCACGCUGAGCAAUCUCAAGAGAAUCCCUGACGCCAUAAGCCCCCUGAGGAGCCCGAUACGGAUCGCCAAGAGAAGCCAUCUCCAUCUUCACGCCAAGCCGGGUCAUGUCAAGAGCCUUCAGAAAGAUUUCUCGAGCACAGCCGUCGAUGUCAACUCAAAGAAGUUGGAUGUAAACAAAGAGAACAAAUAUCCAGGUUCUCCUGCAAACCAUGACACGCAAAACAUGGCGGACAAGGUAUCCGACCUGCACCCGCGUCUCUCUGACACUGAACUGGAGGAAGGGGAAAUUUUAAGCGAAAGCGAUGAGGCGGCUGCAGGAUCCCCUGUUCCUGCAAACAAGAGGGCGAAGUUAACACGGGCAGUCAGAAAUAAACCAAGUCCUCAGUCUGUGCUCAAGAGGAAAUCUGAAGACAGGUGUGUUGCUGUGAAGGAAGCUAGUGAAUCGCCAGGUUCAUCAACACGAAGCCCGAAGAGUCGUUUUAAAACCGUUUGCCCUGCAGCAACCAAAGCGUCUUUUUCCAACAUAGAGGAAAUAAUGGAGACGUUCAAGCUGGUUCGCACAGAGAUCCGAAAAAAGUACAUGAAGCUUCAUAAAACGUUUCCCAGGAAGAGCUUCUACGGCAUGAUGGAGAAUUUCCAGGAGUCUUUUUUAGAGUUUGUGGACGGCGCCCACUUCGGUCAAAUAUGCGGUCAGGCAGAGGAGCUGAAGUCCAAGCUGAAGAAACUCGUCGCAUCCGUGUUCAGCAAAGUAUCGAACAACGGUAUAGUGAAGCGCAUCUUUGAGCAGCAAGCGGUGGAUCUGAAGCAAAAGUUGUGGGACUUUGUGGAUGUCCAAGUGGACUAUCUGUUCAAGGACAUUCACACGACACUCAAGAGCCUUUGCAAACCAGCGAGAGCUCAGGCCGAGGAGAAGAGGCCCAGCGGGAGUGAGAGCGUAUCCAGACAGCCCUCUGUAAAGAAUCCACAGCUUCAGCAGAAGGAAGCGCAGUCUGCUGCAGCCAGCCUGAAUCAAGUCAAGCCUUGCGCUGUGGUGCCGUACAAAACGGGGCUCGGAAGCAGAGGCAAAGAUAUCAGGAUCACACACGUGGAAAAAAACUCGCAUCCAACAGACUGCCUAAAUACACAAACUGUAAUUGACUUCCUUCCUCCUAAAAACAUCUCCUCAACUCCAGAGAAAAACAGCAUGACCUCUUUGGUUGUCUCUCAAAGCGGCUCUUUGCUCGACAAAACCGACUUCGAGCUCCUCACAGAGCAGCAAGCCUCCAGUUUAACCUUCAACCUGGUGCGGGACUCUCAAAUGGGAGAAAUCUUCAAAUGUCUCCUCCAAGGAUCAGACUUAUUAGAAACCAGCGGCAUGACGGCAGACAGCGCGACCUGGUCGCUCGGUACUCCGAGGAAGGACGGAGAGAGACUCAUCAGCAUCACCACUCCGCCUAAAUUCAGCUCUCCAUCUAAACUGCUUUCCCCGACCAAAUUUAACACACCCUCCAAACUUAUCGCCACGUGGUCCAGCAUUUCACCUCGCAAGAUGUCGUCCCCGCGAUCAAAAGAUCCGAUCCCGCUGAACCCGGCUUUAUUUGAUGAAAGUUGCUUGUUGGAAGUGCCGUCAGAGAGCAGAGCGAUGCUGCCGUCUGGCUUGGCUGCACAACGGUCUUACUCCAUUCUUACCGAAGAUCUGGCGGUCUCCCUCACCAUCCCGUCACCCCUGAAGUCCGACAGCCACCUCAGCUUCCUGCAGCCGUCGAGCAUGUCAAGCAUGCACAUCAUGUCCACCCCGGACAGCGUCAUCAGCGCACACAUAAGCGAGGAUGCUCUGAUGGACGGGGAGGACGCCACGGAGCAGGACAUACACCUCGCCCUCGACACGGACAACUCCAGCUGCGGCUCCAGCAGCAGCGUGGGCUCGGUGGCGCUCGCCACGUCUUUCACUUUCAAGCCAGACUUGCCCAUGCAGGCGCUGGUGAUGGAAAAGUCCAACGAUCACUUCAUCGUGAAGAUUCGCCAGACGGCCACAAGCACAAACAGCACGCUCCUUGCUGAUGAGAGCUUGAGUCAAACACUAACAGAGGAGGAUCAGCCACACGGAGAAGAGGACGUCGCAACUCCAGGAAGUCGAGCAAAAGCUAUUUUGUCAAAUGAGCCACAGAACAGAAGCACCGCUUCAUGUGCCGUACCAUCAGAGAGCAGUCUGUCGAACUUUGCUGAAAGCUCCGGGAUCUGUCAGGCUGCCACUGGAUCAGGGAGCUGUCUCACCCAAGAUGAAGGCUUAACACUAACUAAAGAUUCGUGCCACAACAAAGAAGAUAAGUCGGCUCAACAGAGCACCUCAAAUUACUGCUUUUCUCAGGAGUCGCAGAAACUGCCAGAGUCUCUUCCUUUAAUUCCUCCUUCAGAGAACAGUUUGCACAGUGGUGCUCAAAGCUCUGAUCAUCUCCAGGCAACCACUGGAGAAGGUGUCACCGCUGAUGAGAACGCAAGUCAAACACGCCGCGAAGAAGACGGCGCGCAAACUCAAAAAAAUCCCUCCAAAGCUCGGAAAAGGAUGAGUCCCUCUAAACCUGCGGUGUCAGAUAAUAGUCCUCAUCGUCCUACUGAAAUCUGUGAAGCGAAUCAAAGGAGCCGAGCUUCACCGUCAGACUCGCAGAGAGAAGGGACGGAGGUGUCGGAGUCCGACAGAAGUCUCACCAUCGCAGAGGACACGGGCAGCACGCCAGAGAAAGACCGGAGGGAUUCUGACAAAGGUAGAAAAAGGAAGAAGCAUCAGGAUAAAUUGAAAGCAAAGCGGCCCAGAAAGGAGGUGGAGAUCACAGAGGAGAGGGAGUCUGACUCCAAGCAAGAGGAGACGGAUAACGAGUCCAAAUCCCCCUCAGAGCCGCUGUCCCCCAACAGUCUCUCCGCCAAGAAUGUUGUGAGGAAGAAAGGCGAGGUGGUGAUGGCAUGGACAAGAGAUGAAGAUCGAGCCAUUCUGGUUGAGCUCAAGACAAAAGGCGCUUCACGUGAGACGUUCUCUGCCUUGUCGGAAAAACUCAAUAAACCAUCAGGGCAGAUUGCUCACAGAUUUUACCAGCUCAUGAAGCUUUUUAAGAAGCAGGAGAAGAUGGACACCUGAUCCCUCGCACUGUUGUGCUUCGUUUCAUGCAAAUAGUUCUUGUAUCAGAGCGUUUCCAUACACCUCCUGUAGCUCCGACACAGGUAUGUUGGCUGCUGUUCGUGUGACGUAGCGAAGGAAGGUGUGAACGCAGGGGCGGCUGCGGACGAUCGGGUUGGGUCACAUGGAUCCGCACAUCGAUUGCUGUGUCCAGCAAGACCUGAUGGUCUUCAACAAGGACAGCAGUAUCAGCCAAGCAUUAUUUUUCAAAGGAAGGUUGGAAAUCCAGUGACUGACUGUGGAGAGAGUUUUGUUCUGGAUGAUGAGCUGAACCUGUUAAUUCUGUCUGAAAAGAAUUCAAAGGAUGACGCACAACUGACACGAUAAAUAUAUAAAGGAUUAAACAUCCACUCACUAUAAAUACAGUCAACAUCAGUGUUAUUGUUCUUGAUGCACUUUUGGUUUUUAGUAAUCCACACUGCAACCACUACUUCACUAAUCAGUUCUGCAUAUAUGCUGAUGUCUGGUCCUCACAGAAACAUACGACUCCCGUCUCCUGACAUAUCGCAAAAAUGUUCAUCUCAGCUAGACCUCAAGUUAAUGUUACAUCUAGUCCUCAAUGUCCGGUUUUCUCAAAAUAGGAAAAACUGGGAUAGUUAUUGGUUUCAGUGCAAGUAUACUCGAUGUUUUCUAAAUCAGGUGACAUUUUUAUUCCCUAAAAUUGGCGGACAAGCACUGGAGCCAAUCUGAGACUUCACCGAGACCUUGACCUAUAGGACUGAGAGUUUGGGCCAUUUAUCAUUAGCCUCGGAUAUUUUGGAUGUUAUUUUAAUGGUAGUAUUGUAGGGGGGGGGGGUUUGCGGGCGGUGCUUGAAAUGUUUAAUGGUUAAAAUGAUUACAUGUCCAAAUACAUGUAGAGGACGGUACAUUUGUCUCUGUUAAUACGAAUUAAAACUUUUAAACAGCAUUUUGUUUGACUCACCCUAUUGCUCA